GGGCGGCUGCUCAUUCGCCUUCAAAAUGGCGUCUGUAUCUUUGGGAAAAAGUAGAAGUGAUAUUUUCUAUCGUAGUUUAGUAAUUUCAAAAUUCUUCACCAAAGGCUGGGGUGAACUAGACGCAGUCAAGCGUUUGUUUGAUUUCCGUCUGGAGUUUAAAGAACGGGAGAAAUGCGCUUCUCUGGUACCAUCAAGCUAUCCCGUCCAUCUCGAUAAGAGUUGGAAGAGGGACUCUUAUUACAUGGCAGAGGGACAUUUUCUGUCUCCUGUUGCUAAGUAUCUCCCAGGAAUACUUCCACAGCAAAGCGAAUACGCACGAUUCCAAGUUAUUAUACCCACAAAAUGGCAGCAUCGUGACAGAAAACCCAUGUGCGUUCACUUAGCUGGGACAGGCGAUCACUUUUACUGGCGGAGACGAAAUUUCAUGGCGAAACCUCUACUAAAGGAACACGGGAUAGGUUCUAUCAUCCUCGAAAACCCUUUCUAUGGCUCCCGAAAGCCCAAAGACCAGCAACGUUCAAGCCUUAAGCAUGUUGUGGAUUUGUUUAUAAUGGGAACAGGCCUGAUUCUUGAGUCGUCUGUUCUUUUGCAUUGGUGUGAACGGCAUGGUUAUGGUCCUCUUGCUCUCACUGGAAUAUCCAUGGGAGGGCACAUGGCAUCUCUUGCAGCUACAGUGUGGCCCAAGCCUCUUGCUGUUGUACCCUGUUUGUCUUGGAGCACUGCAUCGUGUGUCUUUACAGAGGGGGUUAUGAGGAAAUCUCUACCAUGGGAUUUUCUUAAACAGCAGCUUGAAGAUGACAAUUACAGAGAGACUCUGAUAGAUGCAGCAGGAAUCAGAGAUGAAGUUACCAGAGAAUGCCUCUUCACAAAUAAAGGCUCUAUGUCUGGUGUCAAAAGCAUACCUGUACAAGACCUGACAUCCCAGCUAAAUGUAGAUAACCACCAACUAGAUAUGUGUCAUAUCAGGGAGUCAGACUUUGAUCCUCAGUAUACCCCGCACACAGUCUCACUUGAAAGAAGACCUCUUCUCAGUAAUGUGAGAGAUGUUGUGGUGAACUACAUUCCUCCACCACUUAAAAAAAAGAAAGAGCAACCAAAUACUAUCUGUUCUGAUGCUCUUAGAUUUAUGAAUAUUUUGAUGGACCAUGCAACUCAUCUUAAGAACUUUUCCUGCCCAUAUGAACCUAAACUUGCAAAGUUUGUAGCAGCAACAUCAGAUGCAUAUGUUCCCCACUACUCUGUGGAGGACACACCUCAGCAAAUCUGGCCCGGAUCUGAGGUGGCAUAUGUAGAUGGAGGUCAUAUAGGUGCUUCUUUGAAUCAUAUGCAUAUUUUUAGGAAAGUUAUUAAAGAGAAACUCGACCAGGUUUAAUCAUGAUAAACAAUUAGUUUUAUUGUUUAAAACAAUUCUGGCCAUCUUUUGCAAGCUUUCCUACUGACAUUGAAGUUUACAAGAUUGUAGAGGUGCAACUUCUAACUAAAGCCAAAAGUAUAAAAUCCAAUUCUGUAUUAAAUAACCAGAGUUUACCAUAUGAAUAAUGAAUAAUAUAUAUUUUCAAAAUAGUUUGUUUAUUCUGUAUUUUUAGAAAAAAAUAUCUUGGAUGUGAAGGUUACUUAUUCAUUGUUUCUUUUUGUGCUAUUUGAAGAAAACAUAUCAGUUUGAUGAAAUUGCUUGAGUAUAGAAUAGUUAUUGAUGUGAUCAAUAUAUUUAUGUUGUUGUUUUAA